UCAGUUGCAACCAGUUCUUCGCCAAUCAAUUCCUCACGGGCCGUGUUUGUUUUAAGUUAAAAUUAGUAAAUUACCCAAUGCAAUCAGCUUGCCAGGCGAUUCCGUGGUGCGCACCUAGACAAUCGAGUGCUAAUGCGAUUCGUUGAAAUGCCAAAAACCAGCGGCCGUUGAAAAAUCGCUGCCAAAUCGCGCAAAAUGCAUUUUUAACAUCAGCAGCUACGAAAACAGCAACAGCAUUAGCGGCAACAACGAAUCAACGAUUACAGCAACAAUACCAUUAACAACAAAUCAUCAGAAGAAACCGAAGGAAAACGCUCAAAGUCUUGGAGUUGCUCACUGGCCGCUUAGUUUUUUGUUUAUUUUUUAUGUUCGUUUUUGGAGGGCAGUAGGCGACGGGCAAAAGGAGAAGGGAGAAGGGGGAAAAGGAAAAGCGCCGGACACGAAAAACAGGACACAACUCAUCUAUAUUCGAAAAAGCAAUUGAGUCGAGGCAUCAAUUCAUCAAUUAUUCAAAAUGACCGAAGACGAAAUUCUCUUUGACGACGUCUACGAGCUGUGCGAGGUCAUUGGCAAAGGACCUUUCUCCAUCGUAAGGCGAUGCAUACACAGGGAGUCCAAUCAGCAGUUCGCCGUCAAAAUCGUUGAUGUGGCCAAGUUCACAGCGAGUCCUGGACUGAGCACAGCGGAUCUGAAGCGCGAGGCCACAAUAUGUCACAUGUUAAAGCAUCCGCACAUUGUGGAGCUGCUGGAGACGUACAGUUCCGAGGGAAUGCUUUACAUGGUCUUCGAGUUCAUGGAGGGCUCCGACUUGUGCUUCGAGGUUGUGCGGCGUGCUGUUGCCGGUUUUGUCUACAGCGAGGCGGUUGCUUGUCACUAUAUGCGGCAAAUCCUGGAGGCACUGCGCUAUUGUCACGAGAACGACAUACUGCACAGGGAUGUGCGUCCCGCCUGCGCUCUCCUCGCCACCGUCGACAACUCGGCGCCGGUGAAACUUGGCGGCUUCGGAUCGGCCAUUCAGUUGCCCGGCACCCGGGAAACCAUAGAAACACACGGACGGGUAGGAUGUCCGCAUUAUAUGGCGCCAGAGGUGGUGACCAGGCGGCUUUACGGCAAAGGCUGCGAUGUUUGGGGUGCCGGAGUGAUGCUGCACGUCCUGCUUUCGGGCAGAUUGCCCUUCCUGGGAUCCGGAGUGAGGUUGCAACAGUCAAUAGCUCGCGGUCGGUUAUCGUUUGAAGCACCGGAGUGGAAAUCAAUCUCGGCGAACGCCAAGGACUUAGUCAUGAAAAUGCUGGCCGCCAAUCCACAUCACAGACUCUCCAUCACCGAGGUGCUGGAUCAUCCAUGGAUACGGGACCGUGACAAACUACAGCGCACUCACCUGGCGGACACGGUGGAGGAAUUGAAGCGCUACAAUGCUCGGCGCAAGCUAAAGGGUGCUGUGCAGGCCAUUGCAGGAGGCACCAACAUGGAUCCGCUAUACGCCACCGAUGCGGACAUGCCCAUAACCGGCGCCACGGACGAGUGGGCCGACGAGGAGGCGGGCAUUGAGGCAGUGCAGCGCAUCUUGGACUGUCUGGACGACAUAUACUCGCUGCAGGACGCACACGUUGACGCCGAUGUGCUGCGGGACAUGCUGCGCGACAACAGGCUGCACCAGUUUCUCCAGCUAUUCGACAGGAUCGCAGCGACAGUGGUGACCAGCAACGGCAGAGCACCGGCUGCCGAGGCCGUAGGCCGAUGUCGCGAUGUCCUGGAGCUGCUCUCAUCGACGUCCGGUGGCAACUCACUGGGCGGCAAGUAUGCCAAGGACGAGCUGUUGCAGCUACUGGCCGCCCCCCACAUGCAGGCUCUGCUCCAUAGCCACGAUGUGGUGGCCCGGGAUGUCUACGGGGAGGAGGCGCUGCGCGUCACCCCGCCCCCGAUGGUGCCCUACCUCAAUGGCGACGAGCUGGACAACGUCGAGGGUGGCGAACUGCAGCAUGUGACCCGGGUGCGACUGGUGCAGUUCCAAAAGAACACGGACGAGCCCAUGGGCAUCACACUGAAGAUGACCGAGGAUGGGCGGUGCAUUGUGGCCAGGAUUAUGCACGGCGGGAUGAUUCAUCGCCAGGCCACGCUGCACGUGGGCGACGAGAUACGAGAGAUCAACGGCCAGCCGGUGCAGCACCAGUCGGUUGGCCAAUUGCAACGAAUGCUGCGCGAGGCACGCGGUUCUGUUACCUUCAAGAUAGUUCCUUCGUACCGCAGCGCUCCGCCCCCCUGCGAGCUUUUCAGGAUCAGACCCGCUCCGGUGCUUAUAUUCGUGCGCGCCCAAUUCGAUUAUAAUCCGCUGGAUGAUGAGCUUAUACCCUGCGCCCAGGCGGGCAUAUCGUUCCAAGUGGGCGACAUACUGCAGAUCAUUAGCAAGGACGAUCAUCACUGGUGGCAGGCGCGAUUGGACACGGUGGGCGGAUCGGCCGGACUGAUACCGUCGCCAGAACUGCAGGAGUGGCGGAUCGCCUGCCAGACGGUCGACAAGACCAAGCAGGAGCAGGUUAACUGCUCCAUCUUCGGGCGCAAGAAGAAGCAAUGCCGGGACAAAUAUCUGGCCAAGCACAAUGCCAUCUUCGACACGCUCGAUGUGGUCACGUACGAGGAGGUUGUCAAGGUGCCAGUUGGCGACCCGAACUUUCAGCGCAAAACGUUGGUGCUCUUGGGUGCUCAUGGGGUGGGCAGGCGACACAUCAAGAACACCUUGAUAUCGAAGUACCCCGACAAGUACGCCUAUCCCAUACCACAUACAACGAGACCUGCCAAACCCGAGGAGGAGAACGGACGCAGCUAUUACUUUGUCUCGCACGAUGAAAUGAUGGCGGACAUCGGUGCGAAUGAGUACUUGGAAUACGGCACCCACGAGGAUGCCAUGUAUGGUACCAAGUUGGACACCAUCCGACGGAUUCACACCGAGGGCAAGAUGGCCAUAUUGGAUGUGGAGCCGCAGGCACUGAAGAUACUCCGCACCGCCGAGUUCACGCCCUAUGUCGUGUUUAUAGCGGCGCCCUCACUGCAGAACAUAGCAGAUUACGACGGCAGCCUGGAGCGACUGGCCAAGGAGUCGGAGAUGCUGCGCCAGCUAUACGGUCACUUCUUCGAUCUGACGAUUGUGAACAACGACAUUAGCGAGACGAUUGCCACGCUGGAGACGGCCAUCGACCGGGUGCACACCACCCCGCAGUGGGUGCCCGUAUCCUGGCUGUACUGACAAGACAGCGAACUGGAAUGCCCCGACUGCCUCGAGGGCUGUGAAUGCGAGUGGGAAGCCUACACACAGGCCUCCAACGUAGCCCUAUACUGAGGCACAGAUGCAGAUGCGCACGACGAUGCAGAUACACGCCACAUCACCACACCACCACACCAUUAAAGUAUUACCAAGGCACAAGCAACAGCAACUGAAGAAGCAACACAGCAACCACUACGAGAGAUGACAGUCAGGACUGGAGGAUAGAAGGCGCCUGGCGCCGAGCUAUAUAAUUUAAGAAUAAAUGGGUAUUAUGGGAACUGCGGUCGCAACGCAAUGACAAAAGUGUAUGUUAAACGACAAACAACCAUUUGUAUUUGCCUCCUAUUUGUUUUCUGUUUUAACAGUAUGUUUAAUUUGUAUUAAUUUUAAUCGAUUGUAUUUGCCAUUCCAUGCUCAAUGUGUUACAUUUUACGAUUAUUGUUUUGUUGUAUUUGUUUUAUUCAGCAUUUAGUCAAAACAGCAUUAAACGCUUAUGUAAAUCUUGCACUUGUUAGUGUCUAAGUUAACUGGAGUUAGACAAAUCGAAACCGAAGCACUCCAAAUUGUUUUUACCUAAUGAUUAUUUCCGGUAAGAGUCUUGUGUGCAGGUAGGGCGUCGAACGAGUUAGUAAAUUAUAGAAAAACUACGUAAUUAAAUAUAAUUAAACAUAGACACAAGGAGACACAACAGCAAAAAGAACACGAAGAACAGAAAAAAAUAAACAAAUUACGAUGUGAGCAAUUUCAAGUGUUUCAAGCCAAGUAAGAACUAAUUAAUAACAUAUGGAACAUCAACUGAAGACAGUGGUGAAGCAAAGUGCACGUUUUAAAUGCAAUAAAAAGAAAGGUAACAGAAAAACAAAAAAUAUAAUUAAUUCAGAUCACAACACUUACACACGGAGGAAAAAGGAAAAAAAAAACAUAUAAAACCAAAAUACCAAAUUGUUGACGUUUAAUUGAAUUCCAUGAGAAACGAGUAAACCACAAAAAAAAUGCAAUCAAACAUAAUAAAACAAAAAAUGCAUAAUAAUAAUUGCAGCCGCGUUUAAUUCAAGCAAAAGCAAAGUAAACAAAUGGAAAAAACAUAGAGUGAGCACAAAACACACAUACUAAUUGCAAUUACGAAUUAAAAUAAUUAGCGAAAGGAUGAGGAGAUUGCAGUUCAACGCAAAACAGGCAGAUAAACGUAUAAAUAUAUAUGACAAAAACAAGAUGAACGUAGGAAAUUGAGAAAAUAUGUAUACAAAACACAUAUAUAUAUUUUUCGAACAACUCAAACUCAGGUUGGAUACAUUGAAAAUCAGUCAAGUUCAAUAAGAAUAAUAUAGCGGAGCGCUUCCUUUUAACCCACAGCCAAAAACGAGAACUCAACAAGGAGACCCAAAAUCGAAUCGAAUCGAAUAAGAUCCUAAGUCGCUUUGCAUUGAAUUGAAUUGAAUUGAAUUAAUCGUGAACCCACUGGCCCAGUAACCACCCAAGCAAGCAGCAGCUUCAAAUUUUCGAGAUACUUUACAAUGACACCGACAAACUGUCUUAGCAAUGAAGAAACCUGGCAUUUUUUUUAGUGCAGCUUCAUGAUCAGCAACCAGCGCUCAGUAUUUCCGCUUUUUCCCUCACCGUAGUCCUCACAUGGGAGAGAUUCAGUUCCGAAUGAAUAUUUGUAAUUUUGAAUUAGCUUCCCUAAUAACAUAGAGCUUCUGAGAUGGACGAAACAGAAACAGAAUUUAGACUACGACUACGGAGUGCACAAGCAAUCACAUACUACAUGUAGUUGAUGAGCCCCAAGAACACGUAGUUACUUUGGGUUAGGAUCGAAUCGAAGAUAUGUCACACACACUGGAGAUCGAACUUAGUAGUUAACCAACACACAUUUGUAUACACGUGCCACACAAUUCUCUAGCUGUCCCUCAAAACAAUUUAAGCCUGAGCUUAUAUUCGAGCCCAACCACACGACCCACUUGAAUUUCCCAACCGCACACCACACAAGUUGAAGAACAUACUUAUAUCCAGAACAAUUCUAUGGUUUCAAAAUGGUUGAACAAUUUUGCAUAGAGUAUUAUCGUUAGACGCUGGGCUAUAACUUUUCGGUUCUGAGCGUGGAUGAAGAUGAGAUGAAGAUAGCAGCGAUGAAGUUAAGGAGAGGCAAUGCAAAUCAUAGAAGUAUCCCAAGAAAAGAAGAACAACCGAACCUACCCGAAAAACUGAAGAACUAACUACCUACCCACAACCACAAAUGCAGCCAAGUGGCCAAAUUAACUAAGUAUUAUACCUUAAAGCGAACGAUAGAUUGAACGAACGGACGAGACGAGGUGAGAUGAGAUAGGAGGAGGAACCUUAUAGAAGACACGGCUUGAGAUGGAUGUAUGUACAUUUUGAAGCUCCCCCAACCAGGCUAAGGUGCCAGAAAACACCAAAAUCAAAUCGAUGAAAUGAUUAGGAAAAGAAUGCUCAAAUCAAAAUCUUAUAGUUUACGGUAUUACAAUGAUUAGGAACGAUUGAAAUGAAUUGGAAAUGGGGGGUAAAAAAAAAACGAUACCGACAGAGUGUAUCCCGAGAUUGAGCUAGGAUUUCGAAGGAUUCGUUUCGUACUUUUACUUGAUCCUUUUUUCUUAGCCGAUGCGAGCAGAUUGUAGCUGUACUCUAAGAAUAAUUUCACACUAAGAUUAAGUAAAAAUUUAUUGUUGAUAUUACAUAAAAAAAAGGAAAAGGAAGACGCAGAAGUGAGAUGAACACGGUCGCGUAAACCACGUGAAUUAGAAUUUUUCUCUAAUUUCAUAAGUCAAUGAUCAUUAUGAUGAUGAUAUGAUACCGAGGGUAACGAUGGUGAAGAUGAGUUGAAAAUGCUUAUGAUCUCCAAUGUCAAUAUGUGUAGAUUGACGCGAUUUGAGCUAAUUGAGUGAAUUGUUAUUAUAAUAAUAAAUGAAGUGAAAUGAAUGGAUCGGCAGAUCGAUCGAUCGUUUGGGGCGCAGAAGGACGCGGUGUUAGUAAAUAUCAUUUAAAAUAAAUGAUAAAAAUGUCAUUAUAUAUACAUAGUUUAAACAUGGGAUUAAUAAUAAUAAAUUAAAAUGAGAAAGAACCGACGAAACUGGAAUGAGAAUUAAAUAAAAACGAGUAAACACUGAAAUGCCGAAUUUUAAAUACAUAAGUUUUGAAUCAUGCAUGCUGCAAAGACAAAGCAAAACCCACACAGAAACCGAAACAAAAGUAAUAAAAUGAACUUCUAUAUAUGAAAAGAGAAAAAUAUACGAGAGAUACAAUUUCAA